AUGGAAGCUCAGAAUCCACAGAGAGGAUGGCGCUUCGUCGUCAUUUUCUGCGCCCUGUGCAUGACAGCUUUUCUGUCCGCCCUCGACACGUCCAUCAUCUCUACCGCGCUGCCCACCAUUGCCGCCGAUCUCAACUCCGAAACUCUCUAUGUCUGGACGAUUAAUUCCUACUUGCUCUCCUCCACGGCGGUCCAGCCACUCUUCGGACAGGCGGCUAAUAUCUUCGGUCGGCGCAGUCUGACCCUGCUGUCGGUGGUGUUGUUCGCCCUGGGCAGUGGCAUUGCUGGAGGUGCCCACAACACCGCCAUGAUGAUUGGGGGGAGGACAGUCCAAGGCAUAGGAGGUGGGGGGAUAAACACCAUGGUGGAGAUUGUUGUAUGUGAUCUAGUGUCUCUGCGGGAACGAGGUAAAUAUGUCGGUCUGAUAGGGUCAAUGUGGGCGAUUGGAUCCGUUCUGGGCCCCAUCCUGGGAGGUGUCCUUGCCCAGCAUGUUUCCUGGCGAUGGAUCUUUUAUAUUAAUCUGCCUUUAUCGGGGGCGGCGUUGGCAUUACUUAUUCCUUUCCUCCGUCUUCGCUAUCGUCGCGAGGGUAAUCUCGUCGACCGCCUGAAGUGUGUCGAUUAUGUGGGCAACACAAUCUUGAUCCUGGCCGUAGUAGCCAUUCUGCUAGCCUUGACCUGGGGUGGGACGGUCCAUGCCUGGUCUUCCUGGCGCACCAUCGUUCCUCUCGUGCUGGGCUUUGUCGGAUUGAUCGGAUUUCUCCUGUACGAAGCCAGCCCGGCCGUUCAGGAGCCCACGAUGCCCAUGAGGCUGUUCACCAACCGGACCUCGAGCACGACGUUUGUGCUCAGCUUCUUGCACGGCAUCCUCCUUUACUGGGCAUGUUACUUCCUCCCUGUCUACUUUCAAGCGGUUCUCCACGCCUCACCCACCCGAUCGGGCAUCAUGCUGUUUCCCAUUGCCACUACCACCGCUCCCUUUGGCGUCCUGGCCGGUAUUCUCAUCACCAUUACCGGACACUAUAGCAUCUUCCUCCUUUCCGGCUUUGGCUUUGUGACCGUCGCCUGUGGGCUCUUCAGCCUGCUGGAUGACCAGUCCACCACCGGGGAGUGGGUGGGCUUCCAGAUCCUCUUUGGCGUGGGCGCGGGCAUCAUCUUUACUAGCUGUCUCCCUGCUAUUCUUGCUGCUCUUCCCGAGUCAGAAGUGGCCACCGCGACGGCGACGUGGACAUUCCUUCGCAGCUUUGGUUCCAUCUGGGGCACUGCCAUUCCGGCGGCGGUGUUUAACUCACGCGUGAACUCGUUACUUGGGACAGUUCCCGACGACGCGGCUCAAGCGUGGCUGGUCAAUGGAGGUGCUUACGAGCAUGCCACGGCUGCAUUUCUCCGGGCAUAUGAGAACUCGCCUCUUCAGCACAAUAUUUUGAACGUUUACCUUGACAGUCUGAGGACCAUUUGGUACGUGUCAAUCGCAUUUUCCGGAAUCGGGGUCCCGCUAGCCUUGCUGGUAAAGGAAUUACCUCUCCGGGAGGAGCUCAACACCGAGUUUGGCCUCGAGGAGAAGAAUAAGCCGGACUCGAAGGCACCGAACGUGUCAGCUUAA